AUGCACGCCCACCUCCCCCCCGGCAUAACCCUUGUCCAAGCCGACAACCUCGACACCUGGCUCAUGGACAUCCGCGUGCUCGACGACAACCCCAUCUACCGCAACCAGACCUACAGGCUGAAGUUCGUCUUCAGCGGGAGCUAUCCCAUCGAAGCCCCCGAGGUAACCUUUGUCAAAACCGAGUCCCACCCCAUACCCAUGCACCCACACAUCUAUUCGAACGGCAUCAUAUGUCUGGAUCUGCUGGACCGCCAGGGCUGGAGUCCGGUCCACAAUGUCGAGAGCGUGUGCAUGAGCUUGCAGAGCAUGCUCACUGGUAACACCAAGAACGAGCGUCCGGAGGGUGAUGAGUCGUUUGUGCGGAACAACCGCCUCAGGCCGCGGGAUGUCAGUUUCUACUUUCAUGAUAAUACCGUGUGA